CGUUUCGUGCUCGCUUGCAAGGUUACAAUUACCGUGCCCUGACUGUCGCCAUCAUCUCUCCGUGUCGCGCGCCUCGCUCUCUGGCUCUACCAUCGUCCGACUCAACGCCUACGACCGAGUUCUAUGGAGGCGUCAAGUCCGACUUGCUAGUCCCAAUUUGAUUCCUUUCGUAAACUACACAACUCGUGUUUAACACGUUGUCUCUCCUUUUCUGAAUCUAAUCUCACACUCCUUCCUUGUUCUGCCAUUCAUCCCCUACACUCUGGUGGCUGGAACGUGGUCAAAACGAGGGCACCCAGUAUGCAUCGUUUCCGCAAAAAGUCCGGUUUCUCCAGGCCUGGCCCUGCCUUCGAUAUCUUCCCUGCCUCAUUUGAAGAUCAAGGUCAAGACUUCCUCCCCGAGCUUCCGUCAGAAAGCGACUUUCGCACUUCCCUCAUCUUACCCGACCUGACACGUCGAUUCUCGGUCUUGCGUGCAGCCAACGGCGACCCAAUAGCUCUAGACCACCUCAGGGCGCGCUUUGCGGCUCAAAGGGAACAAGGGCUAGCUGACCAAAUCACUGAGGAAGAAGAAGACAUGUUGAUCGACAAGCUCAGUCGGAUUCGCUCGAAGAAUGCACCUUCAUCGACCUCGAGUGCGAACGAACGUAACGCGGACCAGAAUCCAAGUUCUGACAUCGAACCCGAGCGUAACUCCCAUGCCUCCAAUACCUCAAAUAACACCACCACCUCCGCCUACCCUUCCUCCUUGUCUGACUCUUCUCGGAGUACGCGUUCUCCCAAGAGAUAUAGUAACAACCUAUUCUCAUCCGGCCGACUAAGAGAUUAUAACUACCUACGAGGUGUGACUUCACAACGAAGUAGGGGAAAUAGCGCCUCCGGCAAUUCGCUCACGCCGACGGAUUCCAGUAAUAGCCUGAGAGAGAAGUCGUCAAACUACUCCGACAGCACCCGUCCCAUGACGCCAGAAAGCAGCGGCCUUGUUUCCUCGGUCCCGUCAAGCCCAAACUCGAACGCGAACGAGAAGACACCGGUUGCACGCUCGGUCUCCCUCCUUUCGUCCUCGGAGGACUCGUCUCUACAACCAGGGUUCUCAGAUACCUCGGGUUCGCCACAGGCGUUUGGCCAACUAAACAUAAGGCGAACGUCGAUAUAUGCGAUGGAGCGUGUUAUUAGAGAGAUUGAGGAGGAAGCCGAGGAUGAGAUAUUAAUGCCCCGGACGCCUCAAAUAACACCUCGGCAUGCCUUCUCGUCGAGUGAAACGCCUGGCGUGGCAGACACUGACAACCCACAGAUGAUUAUGUCUCCAUCAAGUGAAGUGGAAGCGGGGACUGCUAUGACGUCUGACAAACAUAUGCCUGUCGAACUCGAACCUCAUCGCCUUUCACCCGUUUCUCUGGGUAGGUCGGGGGCAGGUUCUCCGAGCCCUCGCCUCCCGGGAUAUAUUCCGGGUAUGCCGCGUCCGAUGACCCCUCGCGACUCAACACUCGACCAAGACGAUCUUUCACGUUCGCACUCCACCACUCCCCGCGCGACGUCACCCUCGAUUCCCAGUGUGAAUGGUCAACCGCCGCAGCUUGCCAUGGCGAGCUUCUCUUCAACGUUGUUGCGGCGUGGGUCAGAUGCUUCCCGCAGCACUCCCAGACCUACGUCACCCCCAACCCCGCUCACGGCCACGUACCUGGGGCGCAGCCUCAAUGGACGGGUUACUCCAGAGAACGCAAGAACCAACGAGCGGUCAGGGGGAAACGAGACGGAGGACUCACCGGGUUUCAAUUCUGGUACGGUGAGGCGCCGUCCUGUCUCACCACUCACUGGUUCUGCUUUCCAGUCUAUGUCUGUAUCCUCAAGGCCCAAUUCAAGGCCUGCAACGCCUUCAAAUAUUACAUGGAAUGUACCCCGGUCGUCGCCAAGCCCGAUGCACAGCCGCCAGGGUAGUGAGACUAGCCAGACUUCUCGGGCCAACGGGGUGAGGGAAGAUCCAGCUCAUGGACGCGGCAAAUCCCCCAGUGGCUUGGGACGAUCGGCCGCUGCUCUAGAUUCUUCUGUAGGACAUAGCUCUUCUGGCUCUAUCUCUUGGAACAGUUCUCAAAGUUCUACUGCAUCUGGCGUUCGUUCACCCUCUCGCAUCUCGGGCGUCGACGUGAAUGCGGCAAACUCGUCCCAACGCUCUGCCCGGUCGCCGACCCCCACUCAGUACCAGACCCCAUCGUCUCCCUCGUUCCCUGUGUUUGAAAAUAGCUCAAACCCAGGAAACGGCACUCCGUUAUAUUCUCAAUCACAUCACAAGAACUCCUCAUCUCAUUUCUCUAAUGGUUUAUCGGGCCCAGGCGCCUUCUCACCACUCACGAACUCGUCUCGCUCCUCACUUGAGUCUACCGGAUCCAGCUACCACUCCUCAGACGGGAACAAAAAAGGGCUAAACCUUGAGCUGCUUCUGUACAACGGCACCGACCAGCCUGCGUGGCAUGACCUUGAUCGAUCAAAUUCGGCCAUCUCGGAUGGCAAUCAGGAUGGCAGUGUUGGCGACUUUGAGGAAUUCAUCAGGCGCUGUGCGGGUUUGACGAAGUCCGACUUCGCCGCGAUCCAGGAGAAACUUGUCCAUGCCGCUCUAACGAAGUCCAGCCAGCCGGAGACACGGGAGCGCAGCAAUUCAUUGAGGAGACGAAGGCCUUCAACAUCCCAAUCAAAUUACUCUGUCAGUGGCGGCAGAGACAGGGUGGCGAGUCCAGCACCAAAUCAGGCAUCACCAGGUAGUCGAUCUCCAGCCCCAGAUCACAAUGCCAAGGUCAAUGCCCUGCUGAAUUCAAUGGUGGAUAGCAUCCAUCCGUCUUUGAAGCCAUCAUGUGCUGAAGCCGACACUGACACGCCCGACGAAACUGGUUCCGCUCAGGUGUCGCCCACAACCAGGCGAAAUCGGGACCUGGCACGCGCCCUUGGUUUCAGCAAUGAUGCGACAGAGGUUCAAGCGCCAGAUGAGGAGAACGCUGAAGAGGUGUCGUCACCAUCCUCACUUGAGCCGAGGUCGCCGAUUGCUGGGACUGCGAUAGGGGGGUCCUCUGAUGUUGAGGAUGUCGCAAGUCUGCGGCCGAGAUUGGAGCGCGAGCCCACCGAGACCUUCACGUCGUUUCCCCAGCCUAUGCAUCGCUCUGCGUCGCUUACUAGCGGCAAGGUGCUCCAGCCGGGAGUUAGGGAUUCAGAGCUGGUCAGGGAGGUGCAAAGGAAAGCUGACGCAGCGAUGGUCGCACUCAACAAGAGUCCGUCUAUCCGCCAGAAGUUUGACACCGUUAACGCCUCCAGUGUUUCGGUUUCCCGUAAACGGAUCGACCCCAGCCAGAUAUCUGGACCCCGCUUUGUGUCUGCAACCGCGAGCGUGGAUACCGUUCCCCUACCCCCAUCUGGCACGAGCCCCGUGAACCCUACGAACCCACAGACGUCCUUAAGCAUCACGCAGAGAAUCAGGAGGCUGCGUGGAACACUGAGGGCAAAGCCUUCCCCGAAUGGCGAGGAAAUAACGCCGUUCCCUGUGGACUUGCAUCCCAGUGUGUCGCCAGUUACUCCAACUCCGACUGCAUCUGCGAAUGUCUAUCGCAGACCCACAUUGCCGCUUUCACGGCCACCACCUGCCAAUGGUGCCUCUGAUCUAGGUCGGUCGAACACGUACGCUUCUUCUCCACCUGCCUCCGCCUCCCCCGGGAUCAAGGGCUUUAUGACGCGUUUCCGGAAGACUCGUGGAGGAGAAUCAAGUGAUUUUGGGUCGCCAAAGAUGACCCCGACCCAUUCGCCUCUUCCGAGUACCGACUCAACGCACAAUCUGAUGAGAAACAGCCCCGUGCCUUCUCAGUUCGCGUCUCCCACCCCACAGCCAUUUGAAGAACAUUCUGAAGGUUCUCCAUCCCGAAGUGACGACGAGGCGGUGAAGCAGCUGUUCGAAGCUGGCUUGCAUCUCGGUCUCAAACCGGCAGACAUAAAUAACUUACUUGCACGCUCAGCCUCUGUGGCUUCCAAACCUGCUGGAAGUUCUCUGUCCCGAAGUCAGUCGACCGUAAGGUCACCCACGCCCGGAUUCCUUGAUUCCAACGCCCCUGUUGAAGGAAGCGUCUCCAGGGAGCGUCAAAGCAUGGAUCAAGGUUCCUCGCGUGGCACUCCCAGUUCCAGUCGGCGAGUGGUCAUUCGCACCGGGGGCGAAGGCAGCGGAGCCCAGUCUGAUGGUGCAGCCGUAGUGAGACGGACGCUCAUAUUCCCAUCCGAGUUUCGGGCAUCCAGGGGCGACUUGGCACAGGUCAGCAGAAGGCCUUCUCAGUCUGGAAAGCGUCACCGUAAGACGGGUAGUGUGAUCUCUGCUCAGUCUGCGCGGUCGGUUCAUGAUCGGGCGCCUACCCCACCCCCACCAAAGGCCGCCACCGGCCGGCGCUUCUCGACUGACAAAUCACCUCCCUUGCCUGCCAUGCCUGGGUCUAUUUCAUCUCAGGUAGAAACCAUGCUGCAUGCACCCCCGGCUCAGCAGGUCCGGACCGACAUGGUGCGGUCAGCAUAUGAUUCCCUGUAUGAUAUGUAUGGGAGUGAUAGCAAGCAUACCAGUGUUGCGUAUGACCCCAAUUCCGACGCACCGGAAGGGUUUGGUCAGCAAGAGGGCCCGGCGCUUGAAGUCAUCGAGAAAGCUAACGGUGAAACUAUAUGGUCUAUUGUUAAUGGGUUACGUGAUGAAGAUACCGAGUCGGUGUAUGCAAGCAGAGCAAGCUUCGCCUCCGAGUACUCUACGCGAGACAACACAGAAGGCGUCCAAGUUUUUGUCAAGGGACACGGCAAAUCCGCAUCAAAAGGCAGCAAUUCUUCUUUCCUUUCUCGCAAACGGCUCUCUCAAGGGAAAGACCGCCCAGAUACCAAGGUUUAUUUUAGUUCGUCAGCUCAGAUUGGCCGCCUCAUCGAGAACCUUUCUCAGGGCAUGGACGCCGGCUCUUUCAACUUUGUUCCUAACUUACCUGCCGAUCGCGCCACACCUUCCUCAUUGCAUUCAGAUCCCGAGAUGCAGUGGACCGUUGAGGAGAAACUUGAACAUAUGCUCGGAGCGAUAAGAAACUCCUAAAAUCUGCGUUAACAAUAUGUUGUUUUCCUUUCCCCUCCUCUUUCACGGAAGUUAUGUCUUUGUUUUCGUUGUCAAUGCUGUGAUAUCAUAGAUAAUUUACUCCUCGCUUGAUACCAUUAUUGUACUAAUACACAAGGGAAUGCCAUAGUUAAGCGGACGGUAUGCAGUUGAAUGAUACACAAAAAAGAAGAAAUCGGAAACGGCUUAAUCAGC